AUGAGCAUCCCGAACAGCAUGAAGCAACCGUUCCCCAGCGACGCCGACAUGACUCCGCAAGAGAAACAGAGCUAUAGUGAAUGGCUCAAGGAGGCCUACAAUAAUGGCUAUGAGAGAUGGAUGCCCUGGCUCGAGGACCAAUACCUGAAGUGGUUUGGGAAGGGCGAUAAUAAAGCAUCAUAUGCUGCCAAAGAUUCGCUCUCCAAAACCAAGAUCACCGGCGUUGAUCAAGUAGAUCAACUCCAGGACGAUGUGAAUAAUCUUGUCGGGAACCAAAUUGGUAACAAGGGACUAUUGAGUCCCGCCGGGAAAUUUGCAUCGAAGGAAGGAGUCAACCGUGCUGAAAGAAACGGGAAGGAUGAAGAUGGGUCGUAUGGAGGCUCUACCGCAUCAACAUUCACAGAUGCUGGAGCGAAGGGAAUUAAGGGCGUUGGGUCUGGAGUGGUUUAUGGGGCUCAGUCAGCUAGGGAUCUCACUAGUGGGGGUCUGGCGAGUAUGAAAGGUUUGAUGUCGGGCCAGAGUGAAAACUCCAAGAGCGAGACAUGA